AUGACCUUGGUGACAAGAUCGAUUCCCGCUUCGCCUCCCCACACCCCAGACGGACAUCCUUUGCCUGAAGAGUCCUUUGAAGACCCUGGAAUUUACCAGCCUGUGUACUCCAAGAUGUCUCCCCAGGAAAUCCACAGUGGCAACCAGCCCCAAGCCAUGGCGAGAGAAUCCCUGUGUUGCAAUGCCAUCAUGUGCGAGACUGACCUGGAUAUGCGGAAUCAGAUGAUGGCGGCAUCUAGCUCUAGCUCUCAGGUUACCACACCUCCUUCAACAUGUGAUGAGGCCCUCAUCUCUAUGGGCUCCCCUAGCAUGUUGUCUUCUUCGCCUUCGCAAUCACGGUCUCCACAAAGGAACGGCAAAGCAGCCACGGCAGUCAAACGGCGACAGAGCCGUAACCGGAGAAUACUCUCCGAUUCGGGUUUCAAGCUUGAUGGCCCAAUCAGCCAACUCACAGAAUCAUUCCACACAACCCCAAUCAAGGACAUGGACGCCUGGGUGGCUCGAUCGACUGUUGAGCGACGGGAUGAGGUCCGCAAGAAGAAUGGGAAGAUCUCUCGGCCCAUGAACUCCUUCAUGCUUUAUCGGUCUGCCUAUGCCGAACGUACCAAGAGACUAGUGGGGGCAAAUAACCACCAGAUCGUUUCAAAGAUCGCAGGCCAGGGUUGGAAGUUGGAGCCCGCCGACAUUCGCAGAAAGUACGAAGAUCUGGCAAAGAUCGAACGUGAUAACCAUGCUCGCACACAUCCAGACUACAAGUUCUCGCCCAACAAGAAUACGGGCUCCAGCCGACGAGACAGUAGCUCACCUUCCGUUCUUCCAGCACAUCUCCCAGAGGAAGGCAAUUUCUCUGACAUGGAAAGUGAUUACGGGUCAAAUAUCUCAGGCAUAGGCCCCAUGCAAUCCUUUGCUCAUUCUCGAUCCCAAAGCUUCGAGGAGACUUUCUACGGUAGCAGCCGCGAUUCCUCACCAUUCGGUGGACCUGACUCUAUGACACCCGGGUAUAUUCACUCGUCCUGGCAAAAUACGAGCCACCCAAGUGGCGUCCCAGGGGUACAGCCCAGCUCCCUCCAGAACUCCUACACCGAAGACGUAUCCUUCCGCCCCGUUAGCCCUACCCACCAGGACAUGGGAUAUGGUUCCUCUCUCGCUGGUCUCCCUGGCGCUGCCCACCACGAGCUGCUGCAGCCGCAACUCGGUCACACAUCGCACGGUAUGCCCAUGCACGACAUGGAUCCCCGGCUUCUUAGCAACAGUGGCGAGUCUACUGGAGUCGCUGCCAUGACCGGUUCCUCCUAUUCUUCUACUCCUGGGUCAUAUUCUACAUGGGGCGAUGAGACCCACGGUGGAUAUUUCGCAGUGUCUUCGGGUCCUCCGAUGUCUUCUAACACCAUUGCCUACCCUCAUUCCAACAUGACCUCUGCCUACCUCCCGAGCAUGCAGAACCUUGAGAUUCGGGAUCAAUGGGACAUGUCUCGUCCCGAGAACAACAUUGCUGAGGCCACUCCGAGCGAGUUCGAUGCGUGGUGCACCCCAGACACCAUAAACAACAACUACUAA